AUGAAACAUUUAUGUAUAUAUUUCUGUGUGAAAUGCCUGGCGUGCCAUGCUGGCUUACUCUAUUUUCAUUUUUUGCAGUAUACUCCUGAUCAUGUCAUUGGACCUGGAACUGACAUUGAUCCUCCUGAGAUAACGUUUCCUGGAUGCACUUGCCUUAAAGUCCCUUGCCUCCCUGGUACUUGCUCCUGUCUCCGUCAUGAGGAGAACUACAAUGACGAUUCAUGCCUCCGAGAGAUAGGGUCAGCAGGAAAGUAUGCCCAGCCAGUUUUCGAAUGCAAUGCCCUGUGCCCGUGCAGUGACCACUGCAAAAACAGAGUGGUCCAGAGGGGCCUGCAGUUUCACCUUCAGGUGUUCAAGACGGAUAAAAAAGGCUGGGGACUUCGUACCAAGGAAUUUAUACCCAAAGGAAGGUUUGUCUGUGAAUAUGCUGGUGAGGUUUUAGGGUUCCCUGAAGUGCAGAGAGGAAUCCAGUUACAAACAGUAUAUGAUUCAAACUACAUUAUUGCCAUCAGGGAGCAUGUGUGUAAUGGACAAGUCAUGGAAACAUUUAUUGAUCCUACCCAGGUUGGAAAUAUUGGAAGAUACCUUAACCAUUCUUGUGAGCCAAAUCUGUUCAUGAUUCCUGUCAGAAUUAACUCCAUGGUACCUAAGUUGGCCCUCUUUGCAGCCAAAGACAUUUUUCCAGAAGAAGAACUCUCUUAUGAUUAUUCAGGAAGAUUUCUUAAUCUGAUGGACAGUGAAGAUGGAGAGAGGCUAGAUAAAGGAAAA